GCGAGUGAGUGACAGUGAGUGCAGCAUGCCCGUGCGCGCCGUGGCCCUGCUGGCCGCCGCGGCCCUGGCCCUCGCCGGCGCACCGCCCGACCCUUGCUACGAGGACGAGCGCCCCCGCCGCUGCAUCCCCGACUUCGUCAACGCGGCCUUCGGUGCCCCCGUGGCAGCCUCCUCCACCUGCGGCCGGCGCGGGCCCGAGAGCCUGUGCGACCCACCCGGCGACCAGCCACCCGACAGCGCCUGCCGCGUGUGCGACGCUGCGCGAUCCGACCGUCGGCACCCACCAGCGCACCUCACCGACCUCAACAACCCACACGACGUCACCUGCUGGCGCUCCGCCGCGUUGCCGCCUGCCGCCUACGAUUCCCCGCCAGACAACGUCUCCCUCACGCUCUCCCUCGGCAAGAAGUACGAGCUCACAUACGUCAGCCUGCAGUUUUGCCCGAGAGCCGCCCGCCCCGACUCCGUUGCCAUCUACAAGAGCGCCGACUACGGCGUUACCUGGCAGCCCUUCCAGUUCUAUUCGAGCCAGUGCCGACGUGUGUACGGCCGGCCCAACAAGGCGACCGUAACAUCGGCCAACGAGCAGGAGGCGCGUUGUUCCGACUCGCACCGGCUAGCCGGCGAGGGCUCCGGCGGCGCCCGGCUGGCCUUCAGCACGCUAGAGGGUCGCCCGAGUGCGGCCAAUUUCGACAUCUCGCCCGUGCUGCAAGACUGGGUGACCGCCACCGACGUGCGGGUCGUUUUCAACCGGCUGCACAUGGUGAGCGAGGGCGAGGAGCCUGAUGGCAAGCGGCAAGCGGCGCCGGGCACGCAGCACUAUGCCGUCUCCGACUUCGCGGUGGGCGGGCGCUGCAAGUGCAACGGGCACGCGUCCCGCUGCGUGCCGGCGCGCGCGGAGGACGGCGUAGCGCUCGGGGCGGGCGCGGGGGCGCAGCAGUUGGCCUGCGACUGCAAGCACAAUACUGCCGGCCGCGACUGCGAACGCUGCAAGCCCUUCCACUUCGACCGACCCUGGGGACGUGCCACCGCGCGCGACGCCAACGAAUGCAAAGAGUGCAAUUGCAACGGACACGCGCGCCGGUGCCGCUUCAACAUGGAACUGUACAAGCUGUCAGGGCGAGCGAGCGGCGGUGUGUGCCUCAAGUGCCGACACUACACCGCGGGCCGACACUGCCACUACUGCCGCGAGGGCUACUACCGUGAUCCCGCCAAGCCCAUCACGCACAAGAAAGCCUGCAAACCUUGUGACUGCCACCCGGUGGGCGCGAGCGGCAAGACGUGCAACCAGACGAGUGGGCAGUGCCCUUGCAAGGACGGAGUCACCGGCACCACGUGCAACCGCUGCGCCAAGGGCUAUCAACAGUCGCGGAGCCACAUCGCGCCCUGCAUACGUAUACCACGCGUGGUGACCGCGGUGCAGGCGAUGGAGGCGGUAGACGCGGAGCCGGGGCGCGCAACGGAGCAGUGCGGCCGGUGCCGCGCCGGCGCACGCACACUAAACCUCAACAAGUACUGCAGCCGAGACUACGUCAUAAUGGGUCGGGUGGUGGGUCGAGAGCCAGCGGGCGGGACGGGCGCGGCGUGGGCGCGGCUGGCACUGGCCGUCCAGGCGGUGUACAAGCGCGCGCCGCGCAGCCGCCUGCGCCGCGGCGCCGCCGUCCUCUACGUGCGCGCCGCAGACCUCGCGUGCAACUGUCCCAAGAUCAAGAUUAACAAGUCCUACUUAAUCCUAGGGGUGGAAAAAGAGGGAGCAUCAUCUGGCAUGCCCGGCCUUACGGUCGGAGAGAGAACCCUCCUGCUGGAGUGGCGCGACGACUGGCACAGACGCAUCCGCCGGCUGCAGCGGCGCGCCAUCAACUGCCACUAGCUGACAGCUGUCGCCGGCCGUCAUUCGCUCGCCGCCAUCUUGGAAUGCAACAGUGGCGCCGCGAACAUCUAUUUACAGAAGGAACCGAUCGAACGAUGUCUUAUUUGAAUGCAUAUUCCGUCUAUGUUCCGUGCAAAAUGUGAAUUGAUAAUUAGUAUCCAAUGUUACUGCCAUACGCUAACUUAAAUAGAUUUUUCAUUACUAAAUCCAGUUAAAUGUUAACCUAGUCGAGUAUUUAAAUAACUUUAGUGUGUAUUGAGCGGUCGAUGAAAAGCUAAUCAAUAUGUGUUUAUUAAUUGUAACGAAAUUAAACUUUAUAACCAAAAACUUCAAA